AGCCGAUUUGGCAGUGGUGUUCUUGCGGCAGCGAGGAGAGAACGCGUCGUCGCCCGGCGAGUAUCGCACGCGCUCGUUCACGAUAAAUAUUUAGAGCCAAGAAAGCAAACCGGUUUAAAAUAAAAGUAACUAUUCGAUAAAUAAAUAAAUAACCCGGACGGACAUUGAUUUUCUCUAAAAUGUACUUGGGAAAACACGGAAAAUGCGCCUGAACGUUAUUUGAAAAACGGAAUCGCGAGUUUUUUUGUUGAUGAAAUAUUAGUGAACUUAAAAAUGAUGAUGGCCAGUGCGAAAAUUAUGAGGGAGUGCAGCUCGGAACUGAGUUCGGACGUGCGCUCGCUGUCCGUGGCGUCCUCCACGGAGGAGCAGGAGUCCACCACCACGGAGUCGGAGUACACGGAGGAGGAGAAAGAGUACGAGCUGGACGAUCUGCAAAUACUCAAAACUAUUGGCACUGGCACAUUCGGCAGAGUUUGCCUGUGCCGUGACAAGGCGGCGGACGAGUACCUGGCGAUGAAAAUCCUGUCCAUGGCAGACGUCAUCCGUUUGAAGCAAGUUGAUCACGUCAUGAACGAGAAGAGCAUCCUGGCCGAAAUCAAUCACCCAUUCAUAGUUAAUUUACGAUGGUGGACACACGACGACUCAUGCAUCUACAUGCUGUUCGACUACGUGUGCGGUGGAGAGCUGUUCUCCUACCUCAGGAACGCGGGCCGGUUCAGCAACAGUAUUGGUAAUUUCUACGCGGCAGAAAUAGUAUCGGCGCUAGAGUACCUCCACGCCCGGAAUAUCGUGUACCGAGACCUGAAGCCGGAAAACCUACUCCUAGCCAAGGACGGGCACCUGAAGAUCACGGACUUCGGCUUCGCCAAGAAGCUCACGGACAGAACCUGGACGUUAUGCGGGACGCCCGAGUACCUGGCGCCAGAAAUCAUCCAAAGCAAAGGACACAACAAGGCGGUGGACUGGUGGGCUCUAGGAGUGCUCAUCUACGAAAUGUUGGUCGGGUAUCCGCCAUUCUACGACGACAACCCUUUUGGUAUAUACGAGAAGAUCCUCAACGGCAGAGUGGAAUGGCCGCGUCACUUGGAUCCCGUUGCUAAGGACAUCAUCAAGAAACUUUUGGUUCAAGACAGGACGAAACGAUUAGGAAAUAUGAAGUGCGGAUCCGAGGACGUGAAACGGCACAGAUGGUUCAAACAUAUAGACUGGGCGGAUGUCUUCAUGAAAAAAUUACAGCCGCCGAUCAUUCCAUCCGUAUCGUACGAGGGCGAUACGUCGAAUUUCGACGAGUACCCCGAGACCGACUGGAAGGCGGUGCGCUCGCUGGACCCUGACGAACUCAAGUUGUUCGCCAACUUCUGAUGCGGAGCGGCGCGAGCGCACCACUAGACAAGCUCCUAAAGGGCCUGAUUCUGGCAGCCAACCAAUAAAAAUAAAAUAACCACGUCCUUUUUCUCCUUACCAACAACAAUAAGAAAGACAAAACAACCAAAGAAUCGACGAUAAAGAAGAAAAGUAACAGUAUGCAGCUGUAAGAACUGUAUUUUUUUACUGUCUAGAAUCUAGAUGAACAUUUUCGUGCCUCAAAUUUUGCUUUCAUCUGUCUUUUGUCGUUAAUUAAGGAGAGAAAAGAGGUGUUAUUGUUAAGUGGAUGAAAUGUCAAGAGAAAAGCCUUACUGUUGCCAUCAGCGCAGCUAGAAAAUAACUUAGAUUAAAUGGAAAUAGCAUAUAAUGCAAACAACGUUAAUAACGCGUUCGUCAACUUCGUUCCACUUGCCUUUUUGACAGGCAACCUAGUCCUGUUGACGAAUACGGCCUUGUGGGGCAUCGUUGUUGGCGCUUACCCAUAAAAUUGCCGUUUUCUGUGAGGUUUUACAUAUACGUACUUCUGUAUUAAA